AUGGCGCUGCCCGUGUUGAGAGGCUGUUACAGGGUUCCGUCCACACUCAGCCUCACUCGGCUGUUCCUGAAUGAACGCGUCCUCCUGCACCGCUCCGGGAACCCGCGGCCGGCUCCCCCCGCGGCGGCCGGGGCCCCGCUGCGGGCCUACAGCUCGGACCGGGGCGGGGACAGGCAGAACCAGAAGGUGGUGGUGGUCGGGAUCCCCAACCCCCUCAUCUGGCUCCGCACCCGGGUCUACUACUUCCUGAUCCGGACCUACUUCGACAAGGAGUUCCGCAUCGAGGAGUUCACGGAGGGAGCGAAGCAGGCUUUCUCCCACGUGUCCAGGCUCCUGUCCCGGUGUCAGUUCGAGGCUCUGGAGGGUCUCGUGGCCAAAGACUUGAUUGGAAAGCUGGAGGAGAAGUGCAGCCUGCUCCCACUGAGCAGCCAGAAAGCCCUCUCUGCAGGUCCGGAUGAGAUCAUGUACACAACACCCGGAGACGUGGGGAUCUACUACGACGACAAUGGAAGGAAGUUUGUCAGUAUCCUGAUGCGCUUCUGGUACCUGACCAGCGCGACGCUUCCUGACGACACCAUGGAGGGAGCUCGUAUCUUCCAGGUGUCCCUUGGUGGAGAAGGAGAAGCAGAAACCAAAAGACUGCUCACUGCUAAUUAUGAAUUCCAAAGGGAGUUCACUAAAGGAGUGCCACCGGACUGGACCAUUACAAGGAUAGAGCACUCCAAGCUUUUGGAUUAAGCUGGUUUCGCUUCUAGGCAGAUGUUCCAGUGGAAACUAGUCAAAGACAUGAAAUUCUCCUCAGUAUUUGGUUCCUUAAAUUGAGAGAUGAGAUGAGCUCAAACUAACCAGAGAGGAAAACAAGACAUGGGAAGUCAGAGAAAAGCACCAGGACUUGGAUUCAGUCACUAUUCUCCAGGAUGCUCUCCACACCUGUCUGCAGUUUGUCAGUGUUUCUGAUUGUAUUCUCCACAAUCUCUAAUAUCCCAGAGACUAAUGACUAGAACUUGAGCAGAUCUGUGAACUGUUGCUUUGGGAAACUAAUCAUAGCCUUAUUUUAACUAUUAUACUAACGGCAGAAGGACGGAGUUCCACAGGGACGUCAGGUGAUCACAAAAACCACAUCCUGAUUGUCUGGAACAUGGUGAGAUGACAACAUCUAAACCCUCAUCUGCAAUUCUUCUCUUUAAUCUCUCCAGUUUCAUGUAUAUAGAGGCAGAUCAUCACAUGAUAUCUCAGGACACUUCACAUAGAGCAGGUUUACACUGUACAUUUUACAAUCGCACUAACCUGGCGACAAUUAGCAAGAGAGGAAAGUUCCGAGGCAGCGACCUCGAGCCGUCGAAGAUCUGCUGCUGCUGCAAACACUUUCAUUUCAAUACAUAAUAUAUGUAUGAUUGUGUGUUACAAUUUGUGUCCAAUGUUCCCAACACAAAAUUGUCUUUUCCUGCUGCGUUCAUGUGACUGAGCUACAUGCAGUGUGUGUGCUGCUUGUUGUCUGUAGUGGUUCAGGCAGCUGCAGAAAACCAUUGAUUGUUUUAUUAAAGGUUUGAGGAAUGUAUGUUGUGUUACUGGAAACCGGCAAGAAAAGUGUGUGUGUGAUGCAGCUUUGUCUUUUUUGUCCUCCCUCACACAUCCAUGGUGCUGGUUUAAAGAGGAAGAGAGAACUCUGAGGUUUAUAACUGGUGGAACCUGCUGAGGAAACAAUAACCUUGAAAGAGCUGCUGUCGUUAUCAGAUCUGCACAAUGUUCAGGAGGAAUCUAUUUCCCCAGUGGAAGGAAGUUUUUAUUUGGUUUGCAGCAACCUGUUGUCUCCCAGACAUCGUCCUCUGCAAACCAUUCCACCUUAGAUUCCUCAUAAUAUCAUAAAACAUGUUCCCAGUACCUUAAACUGCUCUUUGUGGAAAGAUCAUAUUCAUGAUUUUACCAGAAAGGAUGGAAGGA